AUGGAUGCCAAAGAACGGAAAGAACAAGAUUUGGAUGAGAAACUGGAGCAGGAAAUCCUGCACGAAGUCGAAGUGGGAUUUCUAGCCAACUUGGUAAGUUGGCCGGUGCUGAUGGUGGUUUUUGGUGUGUGUUUUUGGAGAAUAACAACUCGGACCGUCCCAUACCCGUAUAUAGAUGAGAUAUUCCAUGUGUCGCAAACAGUUCGGUACAUUAACGGCGCCUGGAGCUCGUGGGAUCCAAAAAUUACGACACCUCCGGGUCUGUACUUCUUAGGUUGGUUGAACUAUCACACAAUGCGUGUUGUGAGCUCUUGGUCUACGCUCACGGUGCUUCGGCUUACUAAUCUCAUCGGUGGAGUUGUCGUUCUGCCUGCAGUGGUACUGAGACCACUGUUGCUUUUCAACGCCAUCGGCUUCUGGCCCGUAUCAUUGAUGUGUUUCCCACUGCUGGCUACGUUUUACUUUCUGUACUACACGGAUGUGUGGUCUACGAUCUUCAUUUUGGAAUCCCUGACACUGGCGAUAACCCUACCGUUUGGCGAAACAAAGAGCAUAUGGCUAAGUGCUCUGUGCGCCCUUGUGAGCUGCUAUUUCCGGCAGACAAAUAUCGUAUGGAAUCUGUUUGUGAUGGUGGUGGUGAUAGAAAGAAGAGCGUUGAUUCAAAAGGAUUUCAAUACUGUAAACUUGAACAACUACCUGAAGUUUGUCAUACAUGCACUGGAGAACUUUGCGCAGUUGUGUGUACCGUACUGCGUCAAUUUCGCAUUGUUUGGCGUAUUUGUUCUUUAUAACAGGUCUUUGACGCUUGGGGAUAAGGACAAUCACACGGCGGGCAUCCAUUUGGUUCAAGUGUUUUACUGCAUCACCUUCAUAAUGAUCUUCAGCAUGCCAAUUUGGAUUUCGAAAAUGGGUCUUCGCUACUACCAAGGGCGCGUUCUGACCAAGAGGUUCAGAACUGCUUUAGAACUGCUUGCAAUGAUGCUAGUCAUACGAUUUUUCACUGUUGUUCAUCCUUUUUUGCUAGCAGACAAUCGACACUACACUUUCUACAUUUUCAAAAAAAUCAUUGCCCGAAACUUCUGGCUCAAGUAUGCCAUUAUGCCGUGGAUCUAUCAUUUCUCUGUCUUUCAUUACAUCGAAGCGAUGAGAGCCAAAGUCAUGCAUUUCCACCCCGUUCUACCAAUCGAGAUCAAAAACCCAACAGAGCUUCCAGUGCAACUCACGCAUAUUUCAUGGACUGUCUUAAUCAUUUGCACAUUCAUGACCGUGGUUCCGUCACCCUUAUUUGAACCACGGUAUUACAUUCUACCGUUCAUGUUUUGGAGAAUAUUUAUGACACCAGUAAGUGAGGGUGUCUUCGCGGACAGCGACUCUCAGCUCGGAGAGUUGAAGUUUUGUAAGCGGCUUUUCUUAGAACUUGCAUGGUUCCUCUGCAUUGACGCGAUCACGCUAAUGAUAUUCAUGUUCCGGUCAUUUAGUUGGGAAACUGAAUCUCAUUUGCAGAGGAUAAUAUGGUAG